AUGCCAUCGUCAUCAUCAUCAUCACCAAAAACUCUGGUCAAAGGACACACGAACAAGCAGAUCCACCGAGACACAGUCGCCUCACAGCAAGAAGGUCGCUGGUUCGAGCUCUGGCUGGGUCCGUUGACAUUUCUUUGUGGAGUUCAUGUGGGUUUUCUUCAGGUGCUCCGUUCUCCAAGUCCAAAGACAUGCGCUACAGCUUAUGCUUUGAAAAUUGUGGCACGAGGAGACACGGCUGUUGUGUUCGGUCGGGAUGCUUCUCUCUCUUGUACUCUGCCGUUCGUGUCCGGCAUCAAACAGGUGACGUGGCAGCGGGUGCGCGCGCAGGACGUACACACUCUGGCCACAUUCAGCGAGCGCUUCAAGGAUAAUGUGGAUGAGGACUUUGUCGGAAAAAUCAUUUUCCAAGCAUCGUUUAAUUCAACAACUAUUGAGAUCAAAAACACAACAUUUGAAGAUGAGGCUUGCUACAUUUGUUCCUUUAAAGUGUAUCCAACAGGACCCAAACGAGAAACCUUGUGCAUCACUGUUAAAGGUAUCUCAGAAAUAACAACAGCAGUGAAUCCUGCAGACACUUCGGAUCCAGAUGUUGUGGUUUCAUGUUCAGCCACUGGUAAACCAGCUCCAACAAUCCAGUGGAAAUCCACAGAACAAGAGCUGAAGCACUUCAGGUUAAAUAAUUUCACAACCCACAACAAUGACAGCUCAACCACUGUUAUAAGCAACAUCACACUUCCGCUAUCCCAGUUUCAUGGCAAGUACGUGGAGUGUUUGGUUCAGAGUGAUGAUCGUGAGAGGAGUGAAACAAUUGCGGUACCCCAAAAAGAACAUAAAGGUAACUUGAUUUGACUUUGAAGUGUUUGAGUUGGUGUGGUAGUGGAUUAAAAACUGCAUAGGCUUAUAUUUACAAUACACAAGCAGCAAACAGUGGCAUUUUUUUAUUUUAUUU